AUGAGUAUGGUAUAUACAUUUGCAUUAGCAUCAUUAUAUUGGCAACAACCAGGUUUAUAUUCUGACAAUGGUAUAUUACCACUUCGUUUACAAAUUCGACAACAUGAAAAAACAAAUCUAUUUAUUGUUAAACUUGCACAUUUAUUUCAUUGGACACCAUAUCGUAUAAUGGAAUGUAUUUUAUUAUUAUCAAUAUUAUUAAGUUCAUUAAUGAUUAUAUUUAAAUGUCUACGUACAAGUUUAACAUUUUCAAUACUUUGGUUAUCAUAUUAUAGUUGUUUUCAAAUAGCUGGUCAAUUUUUAUAUUUUCAAUGGGAUACAUUAUUAUUAGAAACAGGUUUUUUAACAAUAUUUGUUGCACCAAUGAGAAUCUUAUAUAUAAAAAAAAAACAAAAUGAAGAUUAUUUAUAUCAAGAUCGAAUAACACUUUGGUUAAUACGAUGGUUAGCUUUUCGUCUUUUAUUUGCAAGUGGAAUUGUUAAAUUAACAGGUGGUGAUAGAACAUGGUGGGCAUUAACAGCAACAACAUAUCAUUAUCAAUCACAAUGUAUCCCAACACCAUUAGCAUAUUAUGCACAUCAUGUACCUGUUUGGUUACAUAAAUUAUCAACAGCACUUGUUUAUAUGUUUAUGUCUGGUACGGGUAUAUUAUUUUUUUCACCAUUUCGUAUACAUCGUUUAAUUGCUUUUAAUGUACAAGUUUUUUUACAAAUAUUAAUUGUAUUAACUGGAAAUUAUAAUUUUUUUAAUUUAUUAACAAUUAUCUUAUGUUUUGGUUUAAUUGAUGAUCAAUUUUUGGGUUAUUCACAAUGGGAAACAAUAGAUAAUGAACAAAAAUCAAAAAAAUCUUUUUCAUGUUUAUAUAUACUUUUUCGUCGAUUAAUUCAUUUGAUUAUACUUAUAACAUAUAUUUAUUUAACAAUACGUUGGUUUGAUAUACAUUGGAAUAAUAAACAAAAAAUAAUUUCAACAAAAAUAACAUUUACUCAUGUCCAAUUAGAUCUUUUCUUACGAAGAUUUCUACCUGUUUGCCUUUUUAUUGCUUGGUGUUCGUUAAUCUUUACUAUUGGACGCUCGGUUUUUACUGCUAUUUCUCGUCCAAAGAAAAUUUAUGCAAAAAUUUUUCAUUCCUUAGUUACUAUGGCAUAUGGAGUUUUAGCUAUGAGUUUAUUUUUUGUAUCAAUGGUACCAUUUACUGUUAUUGAACGUAAAACAGGCAAUGCUUUACCUCAUGAAUUACAAUCAUGGUAUAAUAAAUUUCAAAAUUAUCAUAUUUUUAAUGCUUAUGGUUUGUUCAGAAGCAUGACUGGCGUUGAUGGUCGACCAGAAUUAAUCAUUGAAGGUGCAAUAAGUACAAAAAAUCCGAAAUGGAAAGAGUAUGAAUUUUUCUAUAAACCAGGUUCAUUAUCAGCUGCACCACCAUUUGUUGCUCCACAUCAACCUCGAUUAGAUUGGCAAAUGUGGUUUGCUGCUUUAAGUCAUUAUCAACAUGAACCGUGGUUUGCAUUUUUUCUUUAUCGUCUUUUAACAAAUCAACCAGAAGUUUUACGAUUAAUUCAAAUAAAUCCAUUUCCAACAACACCACCAAAACAAAUACGUGUUCUUCUUUAUCAUUAUAAUUUUACUACACCACCAUCAAAAGAUUAUUGGAAUCGUGAAUUAAUUAAUAAUGAAUGGUUUCCAACUAUUUCAUUAGAAAGUCAAUGGUUUAUGUCUUACAUUGAACAACAAAAUAUGUUACAAAUAACGAAACCAUUACCAUCAAGCAUUCUUUUAGAUGUAAUACGUUCAAUAAGUAAUUUUAUGAAUGGUACUAUGUUUACAUGGUUACCUGUCAUUAUUUCUCUGGUACUUGUUAUUCUACGUAAAAUUCUUUGUACGAAGCCUCAUAUACCAGUUUUAAUGAAAAAAGACAACGACGGGUAUCGACCUGUACCACUGAAAGAUAAAAAUAAUUAA